AACACCACGUGACAAUCACGACUUGUGCCAACGGUGCAGGCGUACAGCAUGUCCUUCAAGCCGCCAGCCAAAAACCCGCCACGCCCGCAUGGCAAGUUGACAACCCGCGAAACCUCGCAACUCUCCUAAAGCAGAGCAACCACGAGAAAAGGAAGUAAGAAACAAAGAAGAAAGCCGCGAGAAAAAAGCUAGAGAAAGAGAAACGACGAUCCACCAGAGAGAGAAAAAACAAAGAGACAUGGAGGUGCCUUCGGGAGAGACCGAGAUAGAGGGGAUUUCAAAGCAGGCAAAGAUAUUGAUAACGGCGUCAACUAUGUUUCCAGGCUUUCGGUUCUCGCCGACGGACGUGGAAUUGAUUUCUUUUUACCUGCAGAAGAAGGUUGAGGGGUCGGAUAAGCGUGUGGAAGUGAUUUCCGAGGUUGACAUGUAUGGAUACGAGCCUUGGGAUUUACCAGCUAAAUCAGUCAUUCAAUCUGAUAAUGAGUGGUUCUUCUUUUCUCCUCGUGGAAGAAAGUAUGCAAAUGGCUUGCAAAGUAAGAGGACAACUGAAUUAGGGUAUUGGAAAGCCACCGGGAAAGGAAGAAACAUAAAGUCUGGUCCCAACAUGAUAGGUACAAAGAGGACUCUAGUGUUCCACAAAGGUCGUGCACCGAAAGGGGAAAGGACUGAAUGGAUUAUGCAUGAAUAUUGCAUGAACGAAAUUUCCCAGGAUACUUUGGUUGUUUGUCAGCUCCGGAAGAACAGUGGCUUCCAUUUAAAAGAUUCCUCAACCCGAGCUUCUUCUAGAAAAAGGAAUUUGCUAACUCUGCCUUCGAGUAAUCGCGCAGUCUCCAAAGUUGGUAUUGAGGAGUUGGGAUUAUCUAAGGAGGGUGAGGCAGUUGGUGGAAGUCACGAUUCUUAUUCCAAUAAUCAAACUGAUUUGACAUCUGAAUAUGAUCAGAAACUAACAAAUAUGGCCGCAAUGGCAGAAACUUCCAGUCUCAAGAAGGGAACUGGCAUUGAAGAAGAUCUUUACGCUGAGAUACUUAAAGAUGACAUCAUUAAGCUGGACGAAUCUUCUUCAUCUGUUACUCCCAGACCCGUUCCAGUAAUGACUAGGGCCGAGGGAGUAGCUCAACAACCAAUUCGAGAAAUUGCUGCACGGGGGCUUCCUUUACAAGGCAGGGCAAAUCGCAGAAUCAAACUAAGAAUGAAAAAAGCAAGAGUCUUUCCUGCAGAUGCAUCGAAACUGUUGGAAACUGGGGAAGAUGAAAAUCCAAACCAAGAGCAGCCACCAAAAUGUCUGUUGGGUAGAUUUUCUCUUAGAACAAGCAAUCAUCGGCGAGCAUCUUUGCUUUUUGUUAUUUUUACUUCGCUAGCUUUGUUUGUGUCUUUUUUGGGAGGUUCCCUCUGCAAACUAGAAGGAUAGCAUUUGCCACCUUGUACGGGCACUUUUGGCAGGGGAUGUAAUCAUGUAAUUAUCACUUAAGUCCAUGAUGUAAGUAUCAGAAUGGGUACUUUUCACACUUAAUAUCAUAGUAGUUGAAUGUUCCAACCA